AUGCCGGAAUUUUUAUAUAAAAGAAGUGCAUAUUCAGAGAACCAGCUACGCGACGUUCAAGUUCAAAUGAGCGAGGAGAAUUUUUCCGACUAUACUACAGCAGCUUCAAACGCCUCAUCAACUGGCCGGCUCCCUCAUUCUUCCACUGAGACGAGAACGUUAUCUUCAGCCAUUUGUUUGAAUAAGUUAGCGACAGAACUUAAAGUAGAAAUUAUUCUUCACUCGAGCAAUCCUACAACACUCGCUAGAUGCUCACAUGAAUGGAACAACAUCGUAAAUUCCCCUUCCACAAAAGCUAUGUGGUUGAUCGGCAGACAUGGAAGAACGCAUGCCUUAUUUCAUGCUGUAAGAAUGGGCAAUCCUUUUAUUAAACCUCAAGUGGUCGAAUGUCUAUUUGCACAGAAAGCGCAAAUCAGUCGAUACUUUAUCCAACGGUUGGAACUCGGAUUUGGCAAUAAAUCUGUCAAUCUUCAAAACAAACCCUGGGCAAGCAAUCUUUCCUUUGAUGUUUUCUCCCGAAUUCACAAGGAACGUGAUCGGUUUGACAGAAACGACAUUCCUGUCGUCUGUGGAAGUGACAUUCCUGUCCGUGAAAACAACAUUCUUGUCCGUGGAAAUGACAUUUCCGUCCGUGGAAAUGACAGUCCGCGACGGCUAAAUGACUUGGAAACAUUUGAUGAUCUCGCAGGAGGAUCACUAGGAAUCAGCCAAGCCAUAACCAAAUUGAAGGAAAAUAGAAAGAAAAUCAAAACUUUGAUUCGCACGCAAAAAUUUGCUCCAUUUCCUCCCAGACCAAAAAUCCGAAAGUAUAUCCUUGCGAGAGAAGAAGAUAGAAAGUUUGAACGCAAGCUUUAUUCAGAUAUAGAUUCAGUGCCACGGGCUUGGGACGACUAUCCCUCAUCCGACGG